AUAUCACUAGAGACCAUGGCAGUCCACUUUGUACUUCUGCUGCUCUUUGUCCUCAGUGGAGCUGAUGGUUCUCGUAUUGUUGGAGGCAGAGAUGCGGCCUCUCAUUCGCGCCCGUUCAUGGCCUCUCUGCAAGUUGGAGGUAACCAUUUCUGUGGAGGUGCACUUAUAGAGGACUUUGUGGUCACAGCUGCACACUGUGCUCUAUCCAGACCAAUCACAGUUGUGCUUGGGAUUGAUACCCAGAGAGGCAAUGAACAGAUGAAGCAGGAGUUCCCUGUUACCAGAUCCAUUCCACAUCCAAACUUUAAUGAUCUCACAAAUGACAUCAUGCUCCUAAAGCUUAGUGGCAGGGCCCAGCUGACCGAAGCAGUGCAGCUGAUCCCUCUGAAGACUGGUCGGCUGGGUCGGUGCAUCACAGCAGGUUGGGGGGAUAUAGGGGAUAACAGCACCUUAGCAAACAGGCUCCAGGAAGUCAACGUCACCAUCCUGACACGAAGAGAAUGUCAAAGGAGAUGGAAUAGGGUUCCCAUUGCCCCCACAAUGGUUUGUGGCGUGGGGGCCGGAAGCUUUCAGGGCUUCUGCUCGGGUGACUCAGGUGGUCCGUUGGUGUGUGAUGGAGCUAUAGCAGGUGUUGUUUCCUUUUCUGGACGGCGAUGUGGAGACCCCAGGACCCCUGACGUCUACACACGCAUUUCAUCCUUCAGAGACUGGAUCACAACCGUGUUAAACAACAAUUAGACCAAAUUGACUAUUCUUUGUUAAUUCAAAUAAUUUUCUUAUUUUCCAACAUCAUUUUCUUUUCAUUCUGAUGAAAGGUGAAGCUGUAUUAGAGAAAAAUAAAAAGAUCAGUGAGUUUUACUAUUGUAUCCUGUUAUCAAGCAAGUUUAGUCUUUAAGAAUCUUGAAAAAAGUGAAGUGUGAGGAGAAAAAUACAUGAAACAAUUUCUUACAAGGAAUCAAUCAGGUUGGUAAACAAUGCACAAAAUAUAGGAUGUAUUUGUUUUUGGCUUUGUGAAAUAAAUGAAUAACUUGAAAGACAGUAUUUGAAUGGGUAUUUAAUGAGUUUUACAGGCUGAACAAAUUCAUUUCUAUAAUAAUCUUGAAAUAUCCUAUUUCAAGGGGAAGCACUGGAAGUCAGCUUGAAUGAGCAAGUAUGUGGCAUAUUUACAGGACGACUAUUUAAAGGCUGCAUUUUGGGUGUUGGGCCGUUUUAAAAUUUCACUUACUGCUUUUGUUUAAAGCUUGCAUCCUUAAAUUAAUUAGACUGAUAUAAUCUUAUUGGUGUAAGAGAAAAAU